GGAGCCAGCUAACAGCCAGCUCCUGCGACCCCCGGAGCACGGCCCUGACCCGCUAGCCCCGUACGCCUGCGCCGCGAAGCGGCCGACCGGUCUUUCCACGCUUGGUUGUACAGAACUCCACCAGGGGGCGAUCGAGCCCACGUGCCACCGACUCCUGCUCCCCCGAAACUACAACUCCCAGGCGGCUCGGGGGUCGCGCCCGCCGCGCCUCUCCUUCUCUUUGCUCCAAUUGGCCGCCGCGGGAGGAGGAUUGGCGGUCUCCAGGGCGACGGGAGGCGCUCGGGGCAUCCGAGGCGGGGAGGCGGGUCCGCCCCCUAUUGUGUAGCUGGAAGAGAGGAGCCGAGCCGUGCGGAGCAGAUCUGGUGGUGCUCCAGAGAGCAGCUUUAUCAGGUGUUACGAGAGCCAAGCCCUAACUGUCCAGAAGAGUGAGAGCUGACACCUGUUACCUGAUCAGAAGGAUUGACAGGGCUUGCUGGGCUGUGGACAUCCUCGGGCCCCUCCAUCUGGGCCCCCGUAGAUAGGAGGGGCUGAGCCAGCAGGCAGCUGGGCUAUGGUUUGGUGCCUCAGUCUGGCCAUCCUCAGCCUGAUCAUCAGCCAGGGGGCUGACGGUCGAGGGAAGCCUGAGGUGGUAUCGGUGGUGGGCCGGGCUGGGGAGAGUGCAGUGCUGGGCUGUGACCUGCUGCCCCCGACCGGCCGGCCCCCACUGCACGUCAUCGAGUGGCUGCGUUUUGGGUUCCUGCUUCCCAUCUUCAUCAAGUUCGGCCUCUACUCUCCCCGAAUCGACCCUGAUUACGUGGGGCGAGUCCGGCUGCAGAAGGGAGCAUCUCUCCAGAUCGAGGGGCUCCGCGCGGAAGACCAGGGCUGGUACGAGUGCCGGGUGCUCUUCCUGGAUCAGCACAGCCCCGAAGACGAUUCUGCCAACGGCUCCUGGGUGCACCUCACAGUCAAUUCACCCCCUCAGUUCCUGGAGACGCCUCCCCAGGUGCUGGAAGUGCGGGAACUGGAGCCCAUCACUCUGCGUUGUGUGGCCCGAGGCAGCCCCCAGCCCCACGUGACUUGGAAGCUCCAAGGACGGGACCUUGGCCGGGGCCGGGGCCAGGGUCAGGUGCAAGUGCAGAACGGGACACUGUGGAUCCGGCGGGUGGAGCGAGGCAGCUCCGGGGUCUACACGUGCCAAGCUUCCAGCACUGAGGGCAGCACCACCCACGCCACCCAGCUGCUGGUGCUAGGACCCCCAGUCAUCGUGGUACCCCCCAAGAACAGCACAGUCAACGCCUCCCAGGAUGUUUCUUUGGCCUGCCGGGCUGAGGCAUACCCCGCUAACCUCACCUAUAGCUGGUUCCAGGACAGCAUCAAUGUCUUCCACAUUAGCCGCCUGCAGCCCCGAGUGCGGAUCCUGGUGGAUGGGAGCCUGCGGCUGCAGGCUGCCCAGCCUGAGGAUGCUGGCCGCUACACCUGUGUGCCCAGCAACGGCCUCCUGUACCCGCCCUCGGCCUCUGCCUACCUCACUGUACUCUACCCAGCCCAGGUGACAGCGAUGCCUCCUGAGACAUCCCUGCCCGUGGGCAUGCAGGGGGUGAUCCGGUGCCCGGUUCGUGCCAACCCCCCAGUGCUCUUUGUCAGCUGGACCAAGGAUGGGCAGGCCCUGCAUCUGGACAAGUUCCCCGGCUGGUCCCAGGGCCCAGAAGGCUCACUGAUCAUUGCCCUGGGGAACGAAGAUGCCCUGGGAGAAUACUCCUGCACGCCCUACAACAGUUUUGGUACUGCAGGGCCCUCCACGGUGACCCGCGUGCUACUCAAGGCUCCCCCAGCUUUUCUAGAACGGCCCAAGGAAGAAUAUUUCCAAGAAGUAGGGCGGGAGCUGCUUAUCCCCUGCUCUGCCCAAGGAGACCCUGCUCCUGCCAUCUCUUGGGCCAAGGUGGGCCGGGGGCUGCAGGGCCAGGUCCAGCUGGACAGCAACAGCAGCCUCAUCCUGCGACCAUUGACCAAGGAGGCCCACGGGCGCUGGGUGUGCACUGCCAGCAAUGCUGUGGCCCAGGUGGCCACCUCUACGAAUGUCUACGUGCUGGGCACCAGCCCACAUGUUGUCACCAAUGUGUCCGUGGUGCCUUUGCCCAAGGGUGCCAAUGUCUCCUGGGAGCCUGGCUUUGACGGUGGCUACCUGCAGAGAUUCAGUGUCUGGUAUACCCCAUUGGCCAAGCGUUCUGACCGAGCCCAUCACGACUGGGUGUCCCUGGCGGUGCCCAUGGGGGCUGCUCACCUCCUAGUGCCUGGGCUGCAGCCCCAUACCCAGUACCAGUUCAGUGUCCUAGCUCAGAACAAGCUGGGGAGUGGGCCCUUCAGCGAAAUCGUCUUGUCUGCCCCUGAAGGGCUUCCUACCACACCAGCUGCCCCCAGGCUUCCCCCGACAGAUAUGCUGCCUCCUCUGUCCCCUCCCCGAGGUCUGGUGGCAGUGAGGACACCCCGGGGGGUACUCCUGCAUUGGGAUCCCCCAGAACUGGUCCCUAAGAGUCUGGAUGGCUACAUCCUGGAGGGACGGCAAAGCUCCCAGGGCUGGGAGGUGCUGGACCGGGCCGUGGCAGGCACGGAAAUGCAUCUGCUGGUGCCAGGUCUCAUUAAGGAUGUUCUCUAUGAGUUCCGCCUUGUGGCCUUCGCCGGUAGCUAUGUCAGUGAUCCCAGCAACACAGCCAACGUCUCCACUUCCGGCCUGGAAGUCUACCCCUCGCGCACACAGCUGCCGGGUCUCCUGCCGCAGCCGGUAUUGGCCGGCCUGGUGGGCGGGGUCUGCUUCCUGGGCGUGGCUGUCCUCGUGAGCAUCCUGGCCGCCUGCCUCAUGAACCGGCGCAGGGCUGCGCGCCGCCGCCGCCGCAAACGCCUCCUCCGCCAAGAUCCACCUCUUAUCUUCUCUGGGAAGUCAUCUCCACACUCUGCUCCGGGCUCAGGCAGUCCUGACAGCGUGGCGAAGCUGAAGCUCCAGGGUUCCCCAGUCCCCAGCCUGCGCCAGAGUCUGCUCUGGGGAGAGCCCGCUGGCCCCCCCAGCCCCACUCCGGAUCCUCCAUCUAGCCGGGGGCCCUUACCCCUGGAGCCCAUUUCCCGGGGACCAGAUGGGCGCUUUGUGAUGGGACCUAAUGUGGAGACCCCCCGAGAAAAGUCAGGCCCUGAGCAGGCCGAACCUCGGACCCCAGCCCAUCGGCAGGCCAGGUCCUAUGACUGCAGCAGCAGCAGCCCCAGUGGGAUGCCCCAGCCCCUCUGCAUUGCAGACAUCAGCCCUGUGGGGCCCCCUCCCACAGCCCUGCCCAGUCCCCUCCCAGGUCCAGGACCGCUGCUCCAGUACCUGAGCCUGCCCUUCUUCCGGGAGAUGAAUGUGGAUGGGGACUGGCCCCCUUUCGAGGAGCCUGGUCCUGCUCCACCCCCAGAUUACAUGGAUACCCCGACCUGCCCCAUCUCAUCUCUCCUUCAACCGUUGGACUCCCCCACUGUGUCCCCCAGGGUGGUGCUUCCUGGGGCCGCCCCAGAGCCUCCAUACACAGCACUGGCUGACUGGACACUGAAGGAACGGCUGUUGCCCAGCCUUCUCCCUGCUGCCCCUCGGGGCAGCCUCACAAGCCAGAGCAGUGGGCGGGGCAGCGCCUCGUUCCUUCGGCCCCCCUCCACAGCCCCCUCUGCAGGAGGCAGCUACCUCAGCCCUGCUCCAGGAGACACCAGCAGCUGGGCCAGUGGCCCUGAGAGGUGGCCUCGGAGGGAGCAUGUGGUGACAGUCAGCAAGAGGAGGAACACAUCUGUGGAUGAAAACUAUGAAUGGGACUCAGAAUUCCCUGGGGACAUGGAAUUGCUGGAGACUCUGCACCUGGGCUUGGCUGGCCCUCGACCCCGACCUGAAGCUGAGCCAGAGCUAGGUGCAAAGACUCCAGAGGAGGGUUGCCUCCUGAACACUGUCCCCGCUCCUGGCCCUGAGGCCCGCUGCGCUGCCCUUCGGGAGGAAUUCCUGGCCUUCCGUCGCCGCCGAGAUGCUACCAGGGCCCGGCUACCAGCCUAUCGACAGCCAGUCCCCCACCCUGAACAGGCCACUCUGCUGUGAACACCCUAACGUGAGGCAGGGUGGAGGCACACAGACGCUGCAAAGGAGCCCCCAAUAAGACCUAGCUCCAGCCUGGGACACUGACCCUGCCCCUUUGGGCCCAGGCACAGACCCUGCUGGUGGCCUUGGUAGGGGAUGUAUGUGAUGAGCCCCUAGAGCCUGGGAACUGGAACAGGGAUCUCAGGUCUGUGUGUGUGUGUGUGUGUGUGUGUGUGUGUGUGUGGUGUUUGUGGUGUGGGUGAAAUUUUUUACAGGUGAAUAAAGAAAGUCUGAAAAAUGUUCCUGUGUGUCAUCUG